GUCUCCACGCCCGUCCCCGCUCCCACUCGUAUAUAAGUACCCACUCCCCCACCCGCGUCUCUUCCCCAAGUAACUCCAUUCUUCUUCUCUCUUACUCUCUCAACUCACUCAUUCGGUACAAUUACGCGCCCAUGGAGCACAAGCGAAGCCGAGAAGAGGAGGAAUCUUGCAAUUCGCCGUCAUCGCCCGAGGCGAAGCGCUUCCACGCGGACAUACUCCUCGGAAUCUUCGAUGACGGCGACCAAGAAGACGACGUGGGCGGCCGGGAGGCCCCCUUCGACGUCCCCGAGGAACUCGCCACCGUGAUGAGGAGCCUGGAGCGGGAGAUCGCCCUCGCAGCCCCCUCCUCUUCCUCCCCCUCGCCGUUGCCGGAGCUGGGGUACCUCUUGGAGGCUUCCGACGACGAGUUGGGGAUACCGCCGGCGGCUGAGGAGGAGCGCGGGGGCGGCGUAGAGGCGGAGAGAGCCGCGGCGAUGUGGCUCGGCGACGAUGAUGGGAUGUCCGGGUACGGUUACGAUGGGUUGGGCUUCGGGUUCGUCCGGUUUGAGGAGGCGGAUGAUGAGGUGGACGACGGUGGGCCGUUCGAUUACGCCAGAGAUGACAUCUGGAUUGUCUGAUUUGUAUAUACAUACAUAUCGAAAUAGUCAAGGAAAGGAAACCUUCGCUUUACGGAGCACCGGCCGUUAUAAUGUACGUUACAUGUGGAAACCGUUAUAUUUCACUGACAGUCGCCAUAAAUUGAUAUAAAAAGCUACUAAUUAAGAAAUACAAAAAAAUCAAAAGUAUUUUGGCAUAUGUCUCCGUAUAAUGUGGCAAGUAUUCCUUUAUAUAAACUACUAUGCUAUUAUAAUUGAACGCGUCCAAUAUGUUAUGCCAUCAGACAUCGUAUGUGUGCAUUGGAUUGCUUCAUCAUCGCAUGCGUUUGAUACACGCUCGAGUAUUUUAUAACGUAGGAAAUGUUGUCGUCAAAAAAUAUAGAGAUCAUACGAUGCAUAACAUCACGACAGACGUCACGUAGAGUAGGUUGAUUCUAUAAGUUAUAUUGAGCCCACAGGAUUUGUAUUAUAUUUUUUAAGCUAUGAAGUGUGCAUGUCUUCUCUCCUAAUUGUUUGACUUGUAAUAUAAUUUAGUAGAAAACCAUCUUACAGACAAAUUUAUACGGCAAGUUAGAUUGUUACCUAA